GAGGAGCCGUGAACAUGUCUAUUGUUUUUGUGCCUAAGAAACUCCGAGGAAAAGCUAAAAUAAACCAAGAAACGAUACAGAGGCUGCUGGAUGAAAACGACCAGUUGAUAAGAUGUAUCACAGAGUACAUGCAAAAAGGACGAGCCGUGGAGUGUGUGCAAUACCAACAGAUCCUGCACCGCAACAUUGUCUAUUUGGCAACCAUAGCUGACGCCAGCCCGGACAAUGUGCCUCCAUCAUCAAAUUCCACAUCUAAUGAAACAUCCGUCUCCAGACCACCCAUGAAUGGACAUGGAGGGACAUGAUGAUGCAGCUUCUCAGUCACUGUGUUACGAGAAUGUUUUUAUAUCACAAGACA